AUGAAGAAAUAAAGGAAGUGACCGAAGAGCAAAUCCUCAAAGGGCAGGUCCUAUUAGACAAAAGGAUCAAGUUCGUCAUUCGUCACACUGUUGAAGAGGAAUUGGACGGUCCAGUGGUGGAGCCGACACAGGGCUUCGUGUUCGUCGCACACGCCGCGCUGCUGCCUGGCCCGCGCCGCCCCGCCGCGCUCGCCGACUGCGAGGUGAUCCUGAUGGUGGGAAUGCCGGGCGCGGGCAAGACGUACUGGGUGACCGCACACGCGGCCGCCAACCCGCAGAAACGGUACAACGUGCUGUCCACCGGCGCCUUGUUCGAACGCAUGCAGGUGGACUGUAAACCCUUCCGCGCAAGCUACGAAGGCCGCUGGGACGCGAUGGUCUCCAAGUGCGCUAAAUGCGUGCUAAAGUUGUUGGAAAUCGCCAAGGGCCGCAGGAGAAAUUAUAUCCUCGAUCAGACGAACGUAUACCCGUCGGCGCAGCGUCGGAAGCUUCGGGAGUUCGAUGGCCGACGGCGCGUGGCCGUGGUGGUGGUGCCCGACGAAGCCUCGCACGCCGCCCGCCGCGCGCGCAAAGACCAGGCCGACGGCAAGGAGGUGCCCGACGGCGCCGUCUUGGACAUGAAAGCGAACUUCGCGCUGCCGGAGGUCUCGUCGUGGCUAGACGAGGUCAUCUACCCCGAGCUGGGUCCGGAAGAGGCCAAGGCGGUGGUGGAGGCCUUACACAAGGAGGCCCGAGCGGCGGGAGUGCACCGCGAGCGCGAGAAGCGUGACCGCAGCCCGGGCCGCGACCAGCCGCCCAACAAGCGCUCGCGCGACGAUAGAAGGCACCGCGAUGAUAGAAGACCGCCGAGAGACCACUCCUCCAGGGAUAGAGAAGACCGCUGGGGUGGUGGUGGCGGCGGCGGCGGUCGCUGGGGCCCCGCGGGCGGCGGCGGUCGCGGCGGGCGCUGGGGCUCGCGCGACCGCAGCGGCCCGCCCGCGCCCGGCCCGCCCGCGCCCGCGCCCGCGCGCUUCGACCGCGGCUGGGGCGCGCCGGCCCGCGGCAACGACUUCUCCCGCGACCGCGACGACUUCCGCGGCGGGAGAGGAGGACCCGGCGGCCCUGGCGGCCGGGGGGGCCCGGGCAACCGCGGUGGCCCCCGCGGCGAUCGGGGCCCCGGCGGCCCCCCCGGCGGCGACCGCUUCGGCCGCCCCGACAGGAACCAGGGACGACCGGGCGGACCCGGAAUGGAUAAGAGACCGAAUGCGCCAGGAGGUGGUGGCGGCGGUUGGCAACGAGGCAACCAAGGCCCAGGCCGUGGCCCGCCGCGCCCCAAUCAACAGAUGGCGCUACGCCCCAACCAGCCCAACCAGAAGGAUGGGCAGGGUCAAGGCCAGAACCCCAACCAGCAGAAUCCGCAGUGGAACCAGUGGCAGAACCAGUGGGGCAACUGGAACAACUGGAACCAGAACCAAGCUGGCGCCUGGAAUUGGGGCAACUGGGGCGGUUGGAACCAGAACGCAAACGCGGCCAACAACACAGGAGGCGCGGCGGCCGCCGGCGGCAAACAGGCGCAGUGGGCCGGCUACACGCCGCAGCAGUGGUACCAGUGGCAGCAGUGGCAGCAGCAGCAGGGCUGGCAGGGGUACCAGCAGCAGCAGCAAGGCAACCAGCCCACCACCGCCAACGCCGCCGAGCAGGCGUGGGCGCAGUACUAUCAGAAUUACGGCGGCGGCAAUGCAAACGCGGCUAACUCAUCUUCUGAUAAAAAGUGACGGUUGCGUAAACACAAAAACGUUUAAUCGAAUACGAGGACUAUUUUAUAACUGCCCGCGAUAUCAUGAACAUUUGGACUGCAAAACGUGAAAUAUAAAACCGUUAUUUGAUUGAUACAGUAAGACCGUUUCAAAAAAGCUGUCUUGAUAUAAUCAAUAUUAUGACAUUCGGGGAGUAAAUCUCUCAUACAAACUAGAAAUAAUAAAUAAGAUACAGUAUUUAGAGAGAGAAAUAACAUUUAAAACCCCAAGUAUUAGUGGUAAAUAAAUAUAGAAUACCUAUGUUACUUUGCCGCCAGCUCUUUUGAAACACUUAUCUAAAUCAAACCAUUAGAUCUAAGUUUUAACCACAAGCAACGAGGUAUAGGUUGCUUGAUCGUCAAGAUCAUAAAUUCUAAACUAAAGUUAGGUUGCGGUGAUAGUUGUAUUUGUAAGAUUUUUAACAUUUUCUCAUAGAAUUUUUGGUUGUUACUGCAAUAUAAAUAUCUAUUUCUAAAAUAGAUUCCAAAGAAACGAUGGGUUUACCAUUUGUUAAGAUCUAUAUACUAGUAUAUCUUCAUACUAGUGAGAUUAAUCGAAUGUGUGACAUUAAAUUCCAAAAGAUGGAAUAUAAGACAAAUUCCAUGUUAUUUGCUCACGAGUGUGAGGUUUUUUUUUGUUAUACAAAGUCCUUACAGACAUAACUUUUUUGGGCGACCGUGUGUGCAUUUUCUGUACUACAUACGAAUGAUUUUGACAAA